AUGACUACAAUACAACAACAGCAACAACAACAAAUAUUACAACAACAACAACAACAAUUAAUUAGAGAUAAAUAUAAAAAUAAAAUAGAAGAAUUAAAUAUUCAUUUAAAACAAUUGAAUGUAACAAAGAAUGAAUAUCAAAAAUUGAUUGAAAAGUUAAAGGUUAUGCCUGAUACUUUGUCACAGAAAGUUCAUGUACCGUUGGGAAGAUAUGCAUUCUUUGAAGGUACUGUUACCAAUACAAACGAGAUUAUGAUAUUGUUGGGUGAUAAUUACUUUGCUGAGAGAUCAUGUAAACAGACAAUCGACAUCAUACAAAGAAGAGACAAUGACAUUGACUUUUCAAUUAAAAAUAUAAAUCAACAGAUUCAAUCUUUACAACAAAGAUUUGAAAUUACAACUAAUCUAUCAAAAUAUUUACAAACAAAAGAAGAAGAAGAUAUCAUUGAAAUUAAGGAGGAAUAUGAUUCAGAUGAAGAGAGAAAGAAGGAAAAGAUAAAGAAAUCAUUGGAGGAACAGAGAAUCAAAGAUAAUGAAAAGAUAGUACCAAAGCAAAAGAAAAAUACCAUGGGUGAUAAAGAGUUGGAUGAGAUGUUUAGUAGAUUGUUGGAGUUGGAAGCAGAGGAAGAACAGCUUGGCUCAGACUACGAAGAAGACGACGAUCAAGAAGAUCCGAGAAACAAGAUUGGAGCAGAGGAAGAGUAUUCCGAUCUCGAUGAGGAUGACGACGAGAGUAACUAUACAAAGAUAAAGAAAGGACAGAGAAAGUCGGCAUCCGAAGAGUAUGGCGAUGAUCAAGACUAUGAUAAUGCUGAUGACGAUGGUUACGAAGAGGUCUAUGAAUAUUACGAUGAAGAUGGCAAUAGAGUAGAGAUGACCGCUGGUGAGCAUAACGAUGCUGACAUUCAAUAUAUUGAAGAGUAUGACGAUGUUGAACCAGCAGAUAAUGAAGACAACGGAGAUGAUGACGCUGAAUAUGAUGAUAAUAACGAAGAGGAAUUCAACGUUAAAGAUUCAUUAGAGAUAAAGAACUAUUUAGAACAAAGAAGAAAGAAUUUCAAUAUUACAUCAACACCUACAACAACAACAUCUACAACAUCAACAUCUAGUUCAUAUAAACAAUCACAAUCACCAAAGUCUAUAUUAAAGACACCUUCACAAAUGGAUUUACACGAUGAAAACAAUCCUAUUGAUUUUAUAAAGAAAGUUAACAAACAAGUUAGUUUUAACAAUGCUAAUAAUGUAAAAGAAAUAUCAACACCAAAUCCACCAAAAAAUCAAGCAUUCUCUGGUGAUAUCAUAGAAAAGAAUACCGAUAGUUUUGAAGAAGAAGAAGAUAUAAAACCAGUUGAACCUGUAGUAAAUCAACCAGAACAAAAAGUAUCAAGAUUUAAAUCAAGUAGACAAAAUAGAUAA